ACUGCCUGGAUUAAGAGCCUGAUACAGUUCAGUCUCACAACCUGAGUAUGUGCAGUCAUGGUGCCUGGGAAGUCACGACUUGAUGGGAUCUGAAUCUUUUCCUGCUUUGGGAAUGGACUUAGGAAAACAUAAGGGAGAAGCUUCAACAAGAGACACUGUGUGGAAGGAGAAAAUGAAGGUUCCUUCUGAAUCAGGAUUCCUGAAGUUCACAUUUGUUCCUGCAUUUGGAAGGCUACCAACUCAGCACCAUAUUACUGAUGCUCCAUCUUCUAUGAUUGGCAUUGGAGGAAGACCUGUGGAUAAGAACUACCAGGAAAAUACUAGAAACAGACAUAGAGCAGGUGCUGAAGAAGAGGCCACAGGAAGCGGAAAGAAAGGAAACAGUAGCAGAAACAGCAGCCAGAAUCGAUUCCAAAGCAAAGAGCAUAACACAAGCAGGGGCGGAAUGGACAAGGAAGACCUUUUCAAAGCAGAGUUUGUCUUCUUUACGGACUCGGAUGAAGACACAAAAGCUGCUAUGCGCAAUGGCUAUGGAAUAGAAAGAACUGAACAUUCACCUACAUCCAGUAUAUCUCCCAGGAGUGAGACAAUACGACAAGUGAAUGCUCCACAGCCAUGUCUUCAUACUGACCCUCUGUACAGCCCUUCCACUCAUCCCAAACAUGCUCAGCUAACUUCUCCUCUGUCUACCUCUGAUCAUCCUUCCUAUAAAUCACCUGUUGCCCAUUUCCUUUCUCCAACUAACAUGAAAGUCAACCAUGAAUUGCCCUUUUCUGCUGCUUACGAAGCUUCUUCUAUGCAAGAAUCCCAUCGCCAAUGGCAGGCUGCAAAUGGAUCCUCUGUUCAUCAGUCAUCUACUUAUUUUCAUUCUUCCACAUCUUCCAGUUUACCUUCUUCCAUACUCAAAACACCUUCCUUUCCACUUGAUGACCUUUCAGACAGUGCUCAGUUAACUAGUGGGUUCCUAGGUAAUGGUCCUCACAAGUUAACUGAGACCCCCUCCCCACCGCUUUUAGCUCACAAGGACUCACCGCAUCCAUCACAAGUUCUCAGUUCAGUAGAUGUGCUUCAGAGAUCAUCUCCUAGGGCUGUUUCUCCUCUUCCUUCCAAGAAACUUACCACAUGGUCCGUGGUUCCAAUCUCAAUCACAACCCACUUAUUAUCUCCUAGUCCAAAGCCUCUGUCUUCCCCUCUGUAUGGUUCUUCCUCCACCAUAUAUAGUGUAAACAAUCCUUGUAGCCAAAUGUCAUCAAGUGGAAAUCUUUUGACCUCUGGCAUUCAGUCCCCUCUCCCAACAAGGCUGUCUUUUUUGACUGCUAUUCUGAAGUCAGGAUCCUCUCCUAAAAGGCCAUUUUCUCCUGCGUCUUGUCCUGUCACCCUUUCUCCCUGUUCAUUAGGCUCGUCAACACCAACAAUUGACCCAAAGUUGAAAACAACUCCUCCAACUCCCAAGAAAUCUUCCUCAAGUUUUUCUUCUGUUAGGUCUGCCUCUCCAAACCAAGAUGGAUACCAACUUUCAGUAUUUUCUCAUGUGCCAGAUCACACAUCGUUGUCCCCAAAAUUCAGUCCUGAUCUUGGAACAAGAGCAUUGUCCUCUAAAAGGCAUCUCAGUGCCAGGGCACUCUCUCCUGACAAAUUACGUCCUUUGUCCCCAACAAUUUCAUCCUACAGAAAAACAACGGUAUCUCCUCUUUUACUGCCCAAAUCACCCAAUUUUUCCUUACCUCCCCACGGGUCAAGAAAAGGGGCCCUCUCCCCUGCUAACAGAACACAGGGAGCUGAAAAGUCUAAGAAGAUAAGCACCUACUCGCCCAUGUUCACUGCCAAAUCCAUUCCUGUGUCGAUGCCUAUUUUCAAUCAAAGGGACUCAGUUUCUCCCACUUCAAAGAAAGUUUGCCUCUCUCCAGCUCAGAGACAUUCUAGCAACCAAUCUAUGGGACGUUUACGACAUGCUUCUGCUAAGGAUCCAGAUGCCCAUUUAUCAGCACCUUGCCAGCCCUUUUCUCAAACAGGCACAGGAUCACCUAUUCCUCCAGCCUGUAAUAUUAACACUCCUUUUUCUCAAGCAAAUUCUUCCUCAAUUUACUCAAACUUCAGAGCUUGCCCAUCCUCUUCAAGAUCCAGGACUCCAACUGUAACACAGCCUCUAUCUCCAACCAGGGUGCACUCACCUUGCGCCAUAGCAUCAAGAUCCAGGGAAUCAACUUCUCCACUGUCCUUCUCUCUGCCUUCUGACUCUGAGAAUAAGAUUCCCAAGAUCAAGACAAGCUACAAGGCAUUUGCAGCAAUUCCCACCAACACACUGCUUCUGGAGCAGAAGGCACUUGAUGAACCAACCACAGGAGAAGGAGUGAUUGAGGACAGAACUCUGGACACACAUUCUGAGAUGUGUUCUCCUGCUCAGCUCAGGCAACAAACAGAAGAGCUGUGUGCCGCUAUUGAUCAAGUCUUACAGGAUCCCUUGACUAUGCGCCGAUGUGAUUCUUCUCCAAGCUCCCUGCAAAACAUACGGGAUUCAGAUCUAAGCAGAUCAUCUACACCUUCACAGAGAUCAGCUGGACGGGAAACCAGAUUUGCUAACCUCUACUUAUCGGGGCCUAUAGUGACUGAGAGUCAGAAGACAAAACCUGGUGUCAUCCGCCCAACAAUGGUGAAAGCAAAAAUAAUAGUAAAAGAAGAGGAACCUGUCCAGCCAAAUCCAUUCAAAAAGUACUUAGAAGAAACCACUGAUCUCCAAACGGAACAACCUACACAUCCAAUAGUACCUAUUCCAGAAGAUGAAGCGCUCAGCUCUAAAGAGCUCUGUUCUGCUACCAUAAAAGACAAAACUCAUUUGCCACACUACCAAGAAAAGAAAGAUACCAAGAAAGAAAACUUUCCAGACAAUGGAGGUCCUCACAGCAGAGCUCAAUGUCUACUCAGAAGAGAUCUUGGGAAUGGUGUUGGAAAAUCCUGCUAAGCUGCCGCCAUGAAAGUUCAAUCUCUAAGAGCUAGCACAGACACUGGCUAGUGUUCUCAGUGUUAAUUGUAGAGAAUAUUUAACAGUCAGAUUCAACGCUGCCAAGGAAUCCAUGCUGAAGAAAACUGCGACUUAAUAUUGUUCCCCACCCACAUUGCCUGUAAUAUAACUUUAAAAAAUUGGUAACACAUCAUACAUAAUCAUGAUCAUAAACAUGAAAGGACUGUGGAAAAUGUCCAUGCAAUUGCCAAAUGGGUUUUUAAUGGAUAUUUUGAAGAAAACAGCUUCAUUUAUGGAGAAAGCUACUUACGCUAUGAAAUAAAAUAAUGAUGAUGGCA